AUGGACGCCCUUUUGGUGAUAAAUAUUGUUCUUAAUGUUCCACUGAUGUUCGUAGCAGUCAUCGGCAACACGUUAGUGCUGUCCGCUAUAUUUAGGACACCCUCAAUUCAUUCAUCGUCUUCAAUCUUCUUGUCCAGUCUCGCUGUUUCGGAUCUUCUUGUCGGGCUGGCUGUACAACCAGUUUACAUUGCCCACGAGCUAAAGCCUGAUCCUGGCUUGCGCAAGACAGCCAAUAUACUUUUCAACAUGGGUUGUGUUGUUUCGCUCUGCACAAUGACAGCUAUAAGCAUAGACCGAUUUAUGGCCCUGCAUUACCAUAUGCGGUAUCCAAAUUUAAUGACCAACAAAUGUGCAAUACGAUCUACAGUAACUCUAUGGCUGUUUGUCAUCGCUUCAUCGUUUUUAAUGCUGUGGCGUACACUUCAUAUAGUUCUCGCUGUUGGCAUCUUUGCAUGCCUUUUAAUUUCCGCUUUCUUUUACACCAGGAUUUAUUUCAUAGUUCGCCAUCAUCAGUCAGCGAUUCACCUUCAGCAACAAGCUGUACAAAGUAUGAACACCGCGCAAAGUAUAAACAUAGCGCGAUCGAAGAAAAGUGCAAUGAACAGUUUCGUAUAUUUCAUCUGUCUGGUUCUCUGUUAUUCGCCAAUGUUCACUUCAAUGAUAAUUUACACGAUUGACCCAACACUCAGUUCAAACUUGUGGACUGUUGCAAAUACUGUAGUGUUCUUGAACUCGUCUAUAAACCCAUUUUUGUAUUGCUGGCGUUUAAAGGAGCUUCGAAAGGCAGUUUUAAAAACAGGGCAGAAGUUGUUGUGUAAGCAAACAGAGGAGAGACGAGAAAAUGAGCUUAAGGCAUAUUAG